GAUGAGGCUGCCAGAUGUCGCUUUGUUUUGAUUAACAAUGGAGCCUUUAGUCGCCCUGCUAAUAAAUUAAAAAUGAUGUCCAGCGCACAAGACAUAGAUGAUGGGUCAUACAAGCCGCUCAUACAAAUAAUCGACCCAGUUAUUCCUGAAGAAUGUGCAACAAUUACUGUGGAGGAAGAUGGCAGUGGCAACAUUCAAAACAAGACUACUACAUCUCCCUGCCUUAUGUGUGGCUCAUCAGAUGGCAGCAUUAGUGCAUUUGCAAGGAUUGGCAACAGUGGGGAUGACACAGAACCCCUUAUUAAUGUGCUAAGCUCGAUUUUGAGGAAGGCUGUGGUUGACAUUCCCUUACACACUGAAGUCGUGUGUACAAAAUGUUUUAAGAAGUUUGAAGUCAUUCUCAAAUUACAAAACAAGCUUGUGGAAAUCUGUCGAGAUGUUAUCCAUUCCUUCAACAAGGCGGUGACACAGUUUGUGAAAACAGUCACUUUAAAAUCAGAAGACAGUAAUGCCAUACCCAUGAUAGGUGAUAUCAACACAACGAAAAGUGAGUGUGGUAUUGUUCUUAGAGCUCUGUCCUUGGCCAACACAAAGAAAUCAGAAAAGAAGCAGGACACUAAAUAUGAGAGAAAGUAUAAGUGUCAAGUUUGUGAUAAAUCUUUCAUAGCUUACAGCCACAGAGUGGAACACAUGCUCACUCACACAAAAGAAAAAGCAUUUAAAUGUGAUAUCUGUGGCAUUCUUACAAGUACCAGAUCCAACCUUACUAGACAUAAACAACAGCACACUAAAGAAUGUAUUUGUAGCAUAUGUAAUAGGAAACUGUGUAGUAAAGCUUCACUGAAAGACCAUAUGAAAAUCCAUAAUAAUGACAAACCGCAUCAUUGUCAGUACUGUGGGAAAAGUUUUACCAGGUUUCAACAUAGGCAGGUACAUGAGAAGCUACACAAAAUAGAUGAGUCAGGUGCUUUUCAAUGCAAUAUUUGUGAGAAACGUUUUGUGAUACAGUCCAGGUUGGCCAGGCACAUGUUAAUUCAUGAUAAAGAGAAACAGUUUGUAUGUCAAUUGUGUAAUAAAAAAUUUGCAAGGAAAGACGACCUGAAGAAUCAUGAACGCAGUCAUACUGGUGAAAGGCCCUACACUUGUAAGGAGUGUGGCAAAGCCUUCAGAUACAUAUCUAACUGUAGACACCAUAUGAAGAUACACAUGAAGGAGGCUGAUGGUCAUAGAUGCACUCACUGUAAUAUUUCUUUCCCAUCAGAAGCAAAAUAUGAAUAUCAUUUAAAAACUCGCAACCACAAAAAGAAGGUGUCGGAAUCAGUAUUUGGCUCUGCAGAUGACGUGCACUGCAAUACUUGCAACACCUCCUUUAUUCCAGCAGAUUUCAUGAAGCACAAGGCAACAUGUUCAGGAAAGAUCCUGAAACAAGAAACAUCUGAAGAACAACUGUAUUGUAGAAUAUGCUGCUUGACCUUUGAUCACCUUGAACAGCUAACAGAGCAUUCUCUCCAUGCUCACCACAUGGAGGGGAGUGCUCUCUCACAGGUUAAUGAUACUGGUAUUAUUAUUUCUCCAGUAGAUGGAGGGGAAGAGUUAGUGAGUCUGACUAUGACAGAAGGUGUCAACAUGGUUGUAUCAGUAGAACCAAGCAAUAGAACGUUGGAGAUUCCUGUGGUCCAAGCAGAAUCUGCUGCAACAGCCUCUCUCCUGCCCACUUCAACCCUUAUAAGUGGACCAAGCACAGUUCUUACAGAGUGUUUAGGAAAUGGGACUACAAAUCUUGUAUCAAAUGCAGGGGUAACAAGUGGAGAACUAACAGAGAUUACAGGCGGAUCUGGAAUAGUAAGUGGUGAAGUAGUUGGUCAAGCUACAAUUGAACAUACUAUUAAUGCCAAUGAUACGGUCACCAUUUUAAACCCCAGUACGAUUUUCAAGAUCAGUGACUGGGGUAUACAUUAGUUUAUAUCAAGAGGAAGACAAAAAGAUUUUGAAGUUCAAACAUAAUCCAUAAAAUAUGACUACCAUCAGAGCUCAAUCUAAAACUUUUAAGGAUUUGACUUUCACCCAUUUUAUUUCAGUGUUAUCUGUUUUCUUCUCAUUGUUUAAUAUGUGAUAUUCAUUCAUUUUUAAUAUUUUUUCCCAGUCAACAUUUGCUUUGCUUGGCCCAUCUGCAUGUUUUCCCAUAGGUACUCCCAAUACUGUGAUUUUUUCUAUACUUACUGUGUAAUUUUUUCCCCAUUUCAUCUAUUAUUGUAUACCUAUUCAAAUGAAACCAAAGUUUUAGAAAUGAAGUUCAUUUUGUCCUCAUUUAUCAACAUUUUCCAAAAUUUUGGUUCUCUUCUCCACCUGGUACACAAAUGUAGUUUUAUAGAAUCCCUCCCAGCAUACAUAAAAAAUAACAAAAACCUAUUGUGGACAUCACAUGUCCUUAGUACCAAUGGGUCAAACAACUGACUCCAUCCUGCCCUCUUGUUUGUAAACAUGGGAUUUUCAGGAUAUCUCCUCCCUCCCUUCUUUGUAAAUAUGCAAAGUGACCCCCAGUGUAAUUUGUACUGCAAGUUUUUAUGCAAUUUAGUUUUCCCUUUUGAUAAUACUCAUUUGCCAGAUUUGUAAGAUUCUGAAUUUUUUCUGUGAUUUCUUCUCACAUUUAGCAAAGCAUAAUAACAUGUAAUUAAAUUUAGGCAGUUUAUUUCAAUCUGUAAGCUGGGCCAAUAGAUGUUUUGCAUGUUGCUCUAUUUUUGUUUUAGUAUUGAUUAUUGUUAAAGGUUUUAAAGACUAUUUAGAUAUUUUCAUCAGUAUUCUCUUUGGCAACUUAAAAGGCUAAGUCAUGGCUUUUAUGAUGUGCAGCUAUUUUGCAGCUAUACUUAGAAAUUUUCUUUAUUCCCUAUUGAAGAAAGCUCAAAAACAUAUACCAAACAUUCUUCUCAUUUUGGCUAUGAUUAACUAGUGAUUAGAAUCAAGUUCUCUUUUGGGGGAUGUUAAUUUUUAGCUAAGUUUGAAUCCUCAUAGACAUUGAUGCCAAAAUGUUCAGUUUAUUUACAUGCAAAAAUUGAUAAUAAAAGACAUUACUGGAGAUGGUAGUUUUCAAACUUUUUAGUUUGUAUCUAUCUUUAUCAAGACAUUCAGUCUUGGUAAAGUUUUGAAACAACAGUCAAGCAUUCCUAAGUUCACUGAUUUCACAUGUUAUAUUAUAUCCUAUUUCUUUUAAAGGGUUAUACCCUACAUCUUUUAUAGGGAAAGUACACAUAAUUUAACCCUUUCUGCAGCUGUUCUCCAAUUUUGUAUUUGUUUUACUUAGGUUUACCAAUGAAAAGAUGGUGUGACCAAAGGGGACAUUUAAAUAGGAUUUCAAUGAUGCAGAACUUUAUAUGUUUAUAAUUCCACUAGUAUGAUUGAACUUAAAGGGUUUUCUUAAUAUCAAAAAUUAAUUUGAAAUUUGUAGAUUUUUUAAUAACAGAAAUUGAUUGUAAUUGUUUACUGCUUCCUUAACUCCAAAGAAAAGUGAAUAUGGUUGUUUUUGUAGUAGUGGGUGAAUGAAUGUGUAGGUUUAUAUAUUUAUGUAUUUAGUAGAUUUCUAAGUUUGGAAACUGUGUAUUUAAUAUGUUAUGUGCCUUAGCUUGUCAGUUGGACAGCAGUUCUUAACCAGAGGGAUGUAAUUUCUAAGGGGCUGAUACUCAGAACAAAUGCUCGUUGUAUCUACCACAGUUAUUUUAGAGUUUUGAAAUUUACCUUACAGUUCUCAUUUAGCCUUAGGGAAUGUAAAGUAGUUGCAGGGUCCCAGAUCUGGAGUGCGAGGAGAAUGGCUCACAUGUUCAGCUCCUUCAGAAUGUCCACUGCUACAGUUAUGUGCAGCAUUAUUGUCUUGUGGAGGAUGCAGUGUUUCCAUCAGUUUGGGAAAAUAAAAAGUUGCAAACCAAUGGGUAGUGACUGUGGACUCUUAAACAUCUUGACCUGUAGAGCAGGAUCUUAUAGAAACACCCACUCAACUCUUCGACUUCAUAUUUUACUGAUGCAACCAGUUGCAUGUAACUAUGCUGUUCACAUAACUAUGAGCCUCUCUACUGAACUUGGUCAGCUGUUCCUUGUCCCAGUCCAUCCUGUUUGAUGUUUGUACAAAGGUAAAUGUGUAGAGAUUCUAGUGGACAAAUCACUUCACCACUCUAAGAUUAUUCUAUAAUAUUUCAAAUAUUUCAUUUAAAAUUAAGAUAGCUUAGAACCUAGGACCUGUUUCAUAAUGGGAACAGAGCAGAGGACCAAUUUCACCCCAGUACUGCUAAGAAUAUAAAAUGCCUACUGUACUUUUGUUUUGUGAAAUGUGUUUACACACGGAUGGCACCACUAGUGCUCAGCAACCAGUCACCUAAUGUCCCUUUUCCUUGAUUUUUUUGUUUUUUAUAAAACCUUUUAUUAUCAGAAUUGACAUUAUAAUUAAUACAAUGUUAACAAAAUUAAUGGUAAUUGGUGAGAUAGGUAAGACUAGUAACAAGUUCCUUGGUGACUAAGCACUUGUGGAGGCAUCUGUGAGUAAAAACAAUUAAUAAAUCAUACACACUGUGGACCCCAUUGGCAAUGGGUUAAGAUAGUUAAGAACUGCUGUCCUGACAGGAUGAAUGUGGUAAACUUCUCCUUUGGUGGUGAUAUUGCAAUUGUGAUUAUUAUCAUUAUUAUUAUCAUACUCAUGAAGAAUAAUGGACUGUAUAUUUUUUAUAUGCCUUUUGAUAUACUCAGAGAAACUAUACCUUAUGCUAUUUGUACUUUUAUAUUUUCUAGAUAAAUUCUUGAAAUUCCUA